AAAUUUAGAAAAUCAAAAUAGAAACUUGAAAACAUAGCAAAAUCUCGAAAGAACGUUAGCAUUCGAUUAUGAGACCACAUAUGCAAAGCUGCCACGUAUGGUCCAUUUAUCCAUAAAUCUGCUAAUGACAUUAUCUUAUUAUGAAAAAAGAUCUUUACUCACAAUUAGCAGCAAUAAAUCUUUAAAAGGCCUCCACUGAUUAACACGUACCGAGAAAUUCACCAUUUUUUUCCUAACAAAGCAAAGUGAACAUAUUCAAAUAAAAACAACUUUAUAAUAUAAACAACAAAUAUCGUUCAGGAAAAUCAAAUGAAAUGUGGUAGGUGAAGGAUUUGACGGAACUACCCUUCAAGACACGUCAAGACUUUCUUUCUUUUACAACAUUCCACUAUAUAAACACUUCCUUCUCCACCAUCAUCUCUCAGCUUGCAAGUUCUCUCUGAACCAUAGAACUCCAAGCUUGAACUGUACUCUACUCGUCGUUUAUAUCUUACUCUUUUGUUUCCUCUUACCAGAAAAAAUAAAUAAACAGCAAUUUUUUCAUUUUUCGACUCAAAUCAUGCAAACCAUUUCGCCUGCGUUCUCGUGCGAUCUCAAAUCCGUAAUUCAACCGAAUCUAACGGCUAAGAAAGCGCGUUACUCUCACGUAAAUGGAAAGCGCGUGUCUGUUCGUUGCAGUUACAGGUCUGAGUCGUUUAGCUUCCCUAACGGUGUUGGCUCAAGCCGAGCCGAUUGGCAAAGCUCAUGCGCCAUCUUAGCCAGUAAAGUAGUUUCGGCUGAGAAUUCAAGCUCCGUCGCCGUCGUUAACGGACACAGUAACGGCUCCGUUGAUUUAAGCCUUGUUCCGUCAAAGUCGCAGCACAACGGAAAGCCUGGAUUGAUUCAGCCGUUAACGAUAACAGAUCUAUCUCCCGCGCCGUCUCAUGGAUCUACUCUUCGUGUCGCGUAUCAAGGAGUUCCGGGAGCGUACUCCGAAGCGGCCGCCGGAAAAGCUUACCCAAACUCCGAAGCUAUUCCUUGUGAUCAAUUCGACGUUGCGUUUCAGGCGGUGGAGCUUUGGAUCGCCGAUCGUGCUGUUCUCCCAGUUGAGAACUCUCUCGGUGGUUCGAUUCAUAGAAAUUACGAUCUUCUCCUCCGUCACCGUCUCCACAUCGUCGGAGAAGUUCAGAUCCCGGUUCACCACUGUCUCUUAGCUCUUCCCGGAGUUCGUACGGAUUGCAUCACGCGAGUGAUUUCGCAUCCUCAAGCUCUGGCUCAGACGGAAGGAUCGCUCAACAAACUCACUCCAAAAGCAGCGAUUGAAGCGUUUCACGACACAGCCGCGGCGGCGGAAUACAUCGCUGCUAACAACCUCCACGACACGGCGGCGGUAGCGAGCGCAAGAGCAGCUGAGCUCUACGGACUUCAGAUUCUCGCCGACGGGAUCCAAGACGACGCAGGAAACGUCACGCGCUUCCUUAUGUUGGCGCGUGAUCCGAUCAUUCCCCGUACCGAUCGUCCGUUUAAAACGAGUAUCGUUUUCGCAGCUCAAGAACAUAAAGGAACUAGCGUUUUAUUCAAAGUGCUUUCCGCGUUUGCGUUUCGAAACAUUAGUUUGACGAAAAUCGAAUCGCGGCCGCAUCAGAAUUGUCCCGUUAGAGUCGUAGGCGACGAAAACGUUGGAACAUCGAAGCACUUUGAGUACACAUUCUACGUCGACUUCGAAGCGUCGAUGGCGGAGGCGCGUGCACAAAACGCGUUAGCGGAGGUGCAAGAGUACACGUCAUUCCUCAGGGUGCUGGGAAGUUACCCAAUGGAUAUGACGCCAUGGUCCACGUUACCUAGCGAAGACGUAUGACACAAUUAAAAAAUUUAUCUGAAUUUUAAAUAACAUUAUGGUAAAAUUAUCAUAAGUAAAAUACAUGGAAACUAAAGUAGAAUUUGUAGAACUCGUUUUGCAUGUGAAGUGGGAGGAUAAUAUUAUUUUAUUUCUCUUAAACCAAAUAUUUUGUGUGUAUGUAUUUGCUACUAUUGGAACAAGACCGGUUUGUAGUUUGGUUCUGAUGAUUACAAUUGAAGAUAUUUCUUAAGCUAAGCACAUUUUAAUUCUCAUAUUUUUUUCGUAGUAAAAAUUAGAGAACCUAAUAUAUACCUUAAUUUGUAACGGAAUUUGUUAUAGCAGAAUCAUUAACAAUAAUCUUUGAAG